AAAAUACCAACAAACGAAAGCCGAAGAAAAAGGGGGAGUUUACUAAAGAAGAGAAAUUCAGAAAAAUUAGUUGUAAAGUUAUUUAGACAAGUUUCAAGUGUAAUUUAAAUAAAAAUGGAAUAUGAAAGUGUUUUGAUUGUGAAGCCAGAAGUAUUUAUUUACAAAAUCCCACCACGCGCCAGCAACAGAGGUUACAGAGCUGCGGAUUGGAAUCUUGGCGAGCCUACUUGGACCGGCCGCAUGCGUUUGGUCGCAAAAGGUACAGCAGUCAAUUUGAAGUUGGAGGAUAGAAAUACCGGCGCGCUUUUCGCAAAUUGCCCAAUCGACACAUAUCCUGGCGUUGCUAUAGAAGCCGUGUCGGAUAGUUCACGUUACUUCGUAAUACGCGUGCAAGAUGAUAACGGACGCUCCGCCUUUUUGGGCCUAGGUUUUGGCGAUCGUUCGGAUUCAUUUGACUUGAAUGUAGCAUUACAAGAUCACUUCAAAUGGGUGAAAAAUCAAGAGCAAAUUGAGAAGGAGAAAACAGAGCCUAAGCAGCAGUUGGAUUUGGGAUUCAAGGAGGGCGAAACUAUCAAAAUUAAUAUGCGAAUAACAAAAAAAGAUGGCUCUGAGGGCACAGGACGCGCUGGCAAAGCUAAGCCGUCAACUGGUAUACUGCCACCACCACCAGGUGGUAUUGGCAAGAUUGCACCACCGCCUUCAGGAGCUAGCGGCUCAGUGCGACAGAGUCCGGGUACAUCGCCUGCACAUAAAGCACCAGGUGGUCCUGGCAGCGAAUGGACGGAUUACGCCUCAGCUGGUGGGCAAGCCCAACCACAACAGCAACAAAAUGCUGCAAAUGCAAAUUGGGUGCAAUUCUAAGUAGGUUUAAACAAACAUUUACACAUAUAUACACACACAAAUUCAUGCAGAGCUACAUAAAAACAGAUGUGUACGUCAAAACAAAAAAAAAAUGGAAAAAAAGAUACUAAAACCAGUUGGGUAAUACGUCAAGCGUUUAAGAGAAUUAAAACAAAGCGCUUUCGGUUUAAAUCGUAUAAAGUAUAAUUUAUUGCAUACAAGUUAGUUAACGCGGAUUGUAAGUACGUAUGUAUAUGUAACAUUAAACAUUCGAUAUCGACAAUUUAACGAAAUUUAUGAAAUUAGCAAAAAGUUAAACUGUAAUCAAACCAGUACAUGGUAUAGCGAAAAUAUAAAAGUAAAAACAUGGCAAAUGUGUAUGUAUAACUUGUUAAUGUAAUAUAAAAAAAGUAAUUAUUAAAGAGUUCAGUUCUUUUUUUAGUAAAAUUAUAACUAAACUAUACAAUGUGAAAAUAACAUAAUUAAAACGUACAUUUAUGCAUAUGUAUAUGCUACAAUAAUAACAAUAAGAUGAAUUGUAAAUGUGUGAAAAUUAUGCAAUUAAGUCAUACUAACAGUUUUAUAAAUCACAUGUCAUUGCUUUGAGCAUACAUACUUUUCGGUUUAGUUACAACUUUUUUUUCAUUUCAACGUUAAGUUAUAUACAUAUUUUCUUGUAAGUGCACAGUACUAAUAUUUUGAAAUGUACUUACACAAUUUGCGUCAAUUCUAUACGCAAUUGAAUUUAAUUUACGCAAUUAUUUACAUUUGCAUACACAUUCCAUUUUGCAUUAUUGUUGGCUUAAACAGAUUUUGGCGCACGCAGUAUCAACUUGCGCACCAUUUCGUUCAUAUAGUAUUUUCAAAAAAAGGAAACAAAUGUGAUUUUUACGUUCUCUAAUUAAUUGAAUUUGUAUUAAAAUUAUUUACAAAUUAUCUCAAUUUAUGUAGACUUUUUCGUUUGCUUUGCGAUUACUAGAAUUCUGCGUCGCAUACCCAAUGAAUGUUGUAUGAAAUGUAAAAUAUAAUGCAUAACAUUAUAAAUAUGAUAAAGCAUAGCAUAAAUAUAUAAAUUGUAUUUAUAUCAGUUAUACGUAUAUAGAUUGUUCAGCGCUUUUGCUAAUACUUAGUGCAAAUUGAAUUUAUUGAAUUAACUAUUUUGUUGCAUAUGAAUCUUAUAAAAAAAAAACACUUUAAACAAUAAUAAAUCAAUACUGUUUGUAAACACAAUGAACAACUUCAAACUACUUACUAUAUACUUUGGCUCUUAUGCAGUUUACGCGUAUGUAAAGUAAAUUUAACAAUUAAGUUAUGUAUGUAUUUAAAAUUUACUAUUGGUGAACAUUAAAAACGAAAUUGAGUAAAAUUUAUUAUUUUUAUUUAAAAUAUAUAAUAAAUAAAAUUGAUCAAACGGAAGGUGGAACGCUUUCCGUAUAACGCACGAA